CAAUUCGUUUUUUUGUAGCAAUGUCGUGGGCCAGACUGAAACUGACAGAUUAUUUGCUGCUGACGAAUGACAUUUUGCGAAAUUAUAUUUAAUUUAUACGUGUAAAAACUAAAUACAUAUACAGUACGUCAUCCCCAAAUCACACAUGCGUUCGUUUUUUAUUGUACGACUUUGUCUGCCCGUCUUCGGUUGCACAACACUUUUGUAUUACCUACUGGUGGUUGCUAUGCAGUUAUAUAAUUUUUGUUUAGUCUUGUCAAUAUUUCAGAUAUUUUCUUAUAUCCCAAAUCCCGGAUGGAUCCCAAAUCUAAAAGGUAUAAAGCGAGUUAAUAAAUGCUCUGCAGAUAGGGAGUUGCAUUAUGACUUUUGUAUGGAUCACCAUCAUCGUAACAAGACAUUCCAGUGACAGACAGUUAAUAUUUACUUUAAUUAAGAAAUACAUUAACAUGAAUAAAUAAGUGAACACUUUCACAAUACAAAAUGCAUCUUGUUGAAAUAUAGCAGCCUUUUCCAAGACUGUUUUUUUUUACCUGCAAAUCACAGAAUAUGCUGUUGCUAAAAACAAUAGAUUGGAAUAUUAUUUAAGUACUGUUGUACACCUGAGGAUAUUUAAUUGAAAUUAGUCUGAUCUGUGUGUCUUCAUUUACAAGAUCUCCAGCCCAUUGCCAGUUAUAUUCUUCACAUUGACUCUUUUUUAAAAUAGUCAGCCACUUAAAGCAUGUAAGAGGUUAAAAGGUUUACAUGAGGCUGCCCUCUUUCAUGUCUAAAAAUAUCAGAAAGGCAUAUUUAAGAGCUUGAGUUGGGGCAUUUAAGCAUAAUCAGCUCAGACCUGGGUGUGGCACUGCGCAUGGCUAGGAUUAAACACUUCACAUUGCAAGAGAGGUCUAAGAGCCUUUUCAAGCACAUAUUUGUAGUGUCUCUGUAAUGUGCUUUCAAGUACUGGACGAUUUUCUUCAUUAAAAUGUGGCUCGGUGUUUGAUUCUUUCUGUUUUUUUCUCCUAGUUUUUUUCUUUUUAAAGAAGAAUGGAACUUGGCAAGGCAAAGCUCUUGAGGGUUGGUCUUAAUGCUUUAAGUCAAGCUAUUCACCCUGUGCAUGGAAUUGCCUGGACAGAUGGCAGGCAGGUAGGACUAACAGCCAUAUACAUGGUCAAUGGGGAGCCUAUGUUUGGUGAUGCCAAUGUCAUUGGGCAGUUUGAACACGUUCUUGGACUAUUUUGGGGUCCUGCCUGCUGCACAGACUCCCCACCCCUUCUUGCUGUCCAGCACAAGAAGCAUGUUACUGUGUGGCAGCUCCAGCUCAGCACUCUGGAGCCGAACAAACUCCUGUGCAGGCAGACGUGCGAAAUGGGAGAGCCUUUUCCUGUGCUCUCCCAGGGUUGUGUGUGGCACCCCAAGAAGGAUGUCCUUGCAAUACUGACAAAAAAGGAUGCAUCAGUAUUAUUUACUGUCAGGACGGACAAUCGCAGGGUGAAAGCAGACAUAAAAGCCAGUGGCCUGAUACACUGUGCAUGCUGGACAAAGGACGGCACACGACUGGUAGUUGCUAUAGGGAGUGCUCUCCACUCGUACAUUUGGAAUGACAUUCAGAAGAGUCUAAGCAUGUGUUCUUUUUGUCCGAUAUUUGAUGUUGGAGGAUACAUCUGUGCUAUAGAGUCUACAAUGGAUGCCCAAGUUGCUGUUGCUACCGAGCUACCUUUAGAUAAGAUUUGUGGUCUCAAUGCUGGAAUUGCUUUUGAUGUCCCAACUGGUACAGAAACAGGAUCUUUACCAUCUCAGUCUUCAGUACUGGUUGUGGAUGAAGACAGAUUCUUCGAUUUAAGGAGGAAGUCUAUUGACUCUGAAAGAUCCCUGGCUGUAAGUUCAAUAGCUUCCUCUACAUCUGGCCCUCUGGACUUAACUCAUAUCCUUGCAAAUCACAGGAAGUCUGAUCCCAGUCCGCUCAUUCAUUUGAAGCGCAGAGACCAUGCUACUGGAACUGGUCAAGACUCUUCGCACCUGAUCUUGGUGACAUUUGAAAGAAAGGUGACCACAACAAGAAAAGUAAGCAUCCCUGGUAUUCUGGUCCCUGACAUCAUAGCCUUUGAUCCCAAAGCCCAUACUGUGGCAGUGGCCUCCAAUACAUGCAACAUGGUGCUGGUGUACAGUGUGACCUCCUCAGCCAUGCCCAAUAUACAGCAGAUCCAGCUUCAGAAAAACGAGAGGCCUAAGGGGGUUUGCUUCCUAAAUGACACAAUGCUGUUGCUUUUAGUUGGGAAGCAGAAGUCAAACGACCCUGCUUUCCUCCCCUCCUCAAACACGGACAAAUACAUCAUCAGACUGAUGACCAAGGAACUCAUUUACGAUAAAGAAUCUUGUUCCUCGACAGUAUCUGCUCAAUCUCCGCAAUCUCUCCUCGACUUGGGGGUCAGCAUCCCAGGCAUUAAGAAGUACUUUGAAAACCUGUCUAAGGAAGAUCGGGCGGUGGGAAAAGAGCUACUGCUGCCAGGAAAUACUGCCAUCCAGUCUCCCAGCGGCAGGAGAAAGUUCAUCGAAGAAGUCAAGAGUGAGGAGAGCCCAGUGACGAGUGUGACAGACCUUACAGACAAAGCAACCUCCAGCGACUCAUCGAUCGCCAUUGAACAUUUUGAUGCAGAGCCUAUAAACCGGUCAGCAGGCUUGAAUAUGAUGGGGAUGUUUUGCAGUGAGCCCAGCAGGCCAAGCUCUCCUCGAUUAGAGGCAGAAAGACUCAAUUGUGCCCCAACCGUCCCAAUGAGUAACAGCCUUCCAAAGGACAAAAAUGUGGAGCAGCUGUCGCAAAACCUGGAACAUUUGUUUGUCAGAUUUUCAGAGGUACAGCAAUGCCUCUCGGAAAUCACAGACUUCACUCGAAAUGGAAAGAAAUCCUCUGGAGCCUAUCCAGCAUCUUCUGAGCCCCCCUUUAUUAACAUCACUUGCCAUAAGCAGCUUUCUGAGAAUGUAUUCAUCGAUGAGAGACGGCCUGUGCUGCUGUGUGAAGGCAAGCUGUCCCUGCGAGUCGUCCAAGAGCUGUUUAAUCUCUCCAUUGUGGAAAUGUCACACGGCACACUCUGGAUAGUUCUGGUUGCUGAUGGUGAAGGCUUUGUUCCAUUAACAUUCAAACCCAAGGAUGAAAUCGCAGUUAGAGAUGGGAGGGCGAAAACUGUCUCAUUGUCUUCCUACAGUGCCAAGAUGUCACAGUCAGAAUCUCCACACGUUGCAACUUAAAUGUUGUCCCAGAACUUUUUGCUACCGAAAACUGAGUACUGUAACAUGCAUUAUUGCACUGUAUGCUAUACAAAAGUGAGGGUUGGGAUUUUCAUAUAAAACUUUAUUUUUGAGACACUGUAUGUAUCUAUAUUAUUUUAGUAUGGGUUUAUAAAAUGCAUAAACAUGCAGUAUUGGUUACAAGUGCUUUUGGUUAGAAUAUACUGAUUUAAAGACAUGUGAAGGCAAAGGCACAGUGACCUUUUAACAUUGACAAGCAUAAAUGAAUGUAUUACCUACUUUUGAUACGGUAUAGUUUUUUAAUGUUUUUGGCAACUGUAUAUUUUGAAGUGGUGUUUCGAUAAAGUUUUUUCUGUUUUACGCAAUAUGGCAUUCAUCUGGCUGACUCGGAAGGGCUUAAAUUAUUUUUGAAUUAUUGUUUACCAUCACAAUGGCUGUUUUCCUCUCUGAUAAACUAGUUGAAAGGUCAUUAAACACAAAGAAAUUUGUAUUUUGUGAUCCACAAGAAAGUAGGAGCUGGGAAAAUAUGGAUUUUACAUUGCCACUGAAUUAGUUUUAGUUUAAUCCUAUCCUAUGAAGUAUAAGAAAGCUUACUUCACUUCAUAUUUGAGUUUAUACUUAAUUCAGGUGGGCUGCAGAGAACAAGCCUUACAAGGACAAUAUAAUAGGUAUGUGAGAGAGAGAACAAAGAAUUUACUGUAAUAUCAAAAUAACAGAAGAAUUACUGCAAUACCCAAAUAACAUAUCAACGGUAGAAAUGUACUGUGUUUAAAAACAGUUUUGAAUUUUAUUUUUUGUGUUGUGAAAAAUCAGUACCUGAUAUGUAAAUAACCUUGUAUAUGUAAUAUACUGUAUACAUUUUCUAUUGCCAAAUUAAUAUCAGCUGUGAACUUGUGGUAUCGUGUAAUGCAUUUUAUACUUGGUGCAAUACUUUUUUCAAUGUUAUAUACACGUAGUUUGUCUAAUUUAAUUUCCUGCUGAACUUUACAGUAUUUGUACAGUAUUUUGUUCUCCCUACAAUGCCAUAGUUUUUUGGGGGCUUUACCCCUUCAAUGCCCAGGUUUAUUGGACUGUCAUCAACAUUAGCAGCCUAGAUAGUAAAACCUUCUGUAUCCUUCUCAAUUUGUUUUGUUUAGACUUAGUGUCCCAGGUUUCUUAAGGCAAGCUGAUUAUUCCUUUAUACAGGAUUAUUCACUCCCACAGAAUGUACCUAGCAUUGCCCGUGUGAAGUGUGCUCACCAGCAGCAUGUAAACACACUGUAAUUAGGUCCGCCCCUGAUUAGAUCAGUCGUAUAGCCUAGAUCUGUUAUUAGGAAUCUCAACUGGUAGAAAAUGCAAGAAAGAACAAAAUACAUUGUUAGGGUCCAACUGGCUAGCAUUAGCUAGUUCAGAAUAUAUAGCAGCUAUAAAUGAGAGUACUGUGAUAGUGACUGGUAUUUGAUAGUUACUGACUUAUUGUAUAAAAAAGCUUUGGAUACUCUGAAUACUUCCAAAACAAACAACUGCCCCUCUGCUUGUAAAUGAAUAAUACGUUUGAAUUUAGCAUGUGGUAGUUCUGCUUAAAUGAAUCCAUAUUAAGCUUUUGAUUUCACUCCGAUUAGAUCUUCAAAUAGAUCUCCAGUUAGGGGGUGUAUUUGAAAAAAAUACACGUGUUUGUGUCUAUAAAGGUUCAGCGUGUGAUUUAAUUGCCCUUCUACACCUCUUGGAAGGAAUUACUGUAACAAGACAACACAAUACAGUAACCUAGAAGAUGUAGAUGUAUUAAGGACAUCUGCCACUGGGUAAGUUUCUUGCAUUGAUCAAAUUGAAAACCUUUUCUUCUAUAGACAACCAUGUCUUCUGGUUGUCAGCUGAUGCGAGAGAAACAGUGUGAACCCCAAAACAACCAUGUUUUUAGUGUAAAUUUCACACUAGACACAGUAUAUAUACACACACAGAUGAACCCACUUUGUAUCAUGAUUGCCGUGCAGGCAUAAUUUGUGAAAUAAAGCGAGUCCUGAUAUUAUGACAGCAUAUUACAUGUGCGAGAAAAAAAAAAAAACGGUGAAUUAAACAGUGUUUUAAUAUUGUACAUUUAGUCGCUCUUUACAUUUAAAAGAAGUGCAUAUAGUUUACUACAGGACAAAUAUGUUUUGUCAUUCUCUAAAAAAGGCAUGGAUUGUCUACUGAUGAGAGCUAUCAAAUAGGCGUUGCACUUGGUGUUUGUUAAAGAAAUUUGAUGACGCUGGUGUUUUGUAACUGAACUGUAUCCCGUUAAGACCGCCCACGCAGCAUUUGACAGGCUGCACAAAAUGUGACAAUAAGCAGGUUUGCGAGAUGAUAGGUAAUUUCUCAAAGAACCUAUGGUGGUUUUUGAAAAAUGGUGAUAAUAAACAGGGCAUGAUAUUAAGCAAGGUGAUAAAACAGGUUCAUCUGUGUAAAUAUUGCUUAGUAAAUUCAAAAGGGCACAAAGUAUAGUAAAGCCUUAAUUAUUUCAAAGGUAGAAAUAAUUUAUUCAGUGUUAGUGUCCUGUAUAAUAAUGUGCAGUAAAGAGAAAUAUUACCUGAUGCAAAUGUUAUUAAAGAAAGUAAAUAAACAUCUCAGUCAAGUACAUUUAGAAAAACACUUCUUGUAAAGACUUUAUAUUCUUUCAAAUAGUCAAAAGUAUAAGAUGAACCACCAACUAAAGGUUCAGCACGUUGUUUGCAGUGCGACACUGCAGGUCAACAGGUAUAAAUAUAUUUAGAAA